AUGGAGGAUACGUAUGCCAUUGCUUUACAACGUCUGAAUUCAAAUGAUAAAGAAAGUCCAAUAUCAUUAGCAUAUUUUGGAAUAUUUGAUGGGCACGGUGGAAAAGAAGCUGCAGAAUUUGCUCGACAAAAUUUAUGUCAACGAAUAUUGGAACAAGAUGAUUUUUGGGCAAGUUCAUCGUCAAACGUCACAAAUGGUGAGAUUAGUUCAGAAGAAACAAUGGUUACAUCAGAAAAAGAAGUCGAUGAUAAAAUUUUAAGUGCCAUAAGAAAAGGAUUUUUACAAUGUCAUAGUGAUAUGUGGAAUGAUUUGCCAAAGUGGAUAAAAACAUCGUCCGGUUUACCUAGUACAUCAGGUUGUACGGCGAGUGUUGUGUUUGUUCGUGGAAAUAAACUCUACAUUGGUCAUGUGGGAGAUUCAGCUAUUGUGUUGGGUGUUGGUGACUCAUUAUAUCAACCUUGGGAAUGUGUGCGUUUAACAAAAGAUCACAAACCAGAAGAUCCAUCAGAAUUAAAACGUAUUCGAGAUAGUGGUGGAAAUGUUUUAUGUAAAACCGGCGUUCAUCGAGUUGUUUGGAAUCGACCGAAAGUUUCACACAGUCAUAAUCAUCGUCACUCGCAGCAUUCACAUCAUUAUUCUCAUAGAACAUCCGCAAUAAAUUCUCAGUCGAUGACAAAUGAAUAUGAACAAAUACCAUUUCUAGCUGUAUCACGUGCAUUAGGUGAUUUAUGGUCUCUUAAUAGCCGAACAAAUAUGUACAGUGUUUCACCUGAACCUGAAUUAACUGUAAUCGAAAUAAAUCCAUUCAAACAUCGUUGCCUAAUAUUAGCUUCAGACGGUUUAUGGAAUAUGAUGACACCGGAAGAUGCCGUAGAAAUUGUGCGAUCAUGUGAUGUCAAAACAGAAGAAAUGAUUUUGAAAGCAGAGGAUGAUGAUCAACGUCCAUUUCGUAAUCCGUCACAUGAACUUGUUCAAAAAUCGUUAACCCGUUGGCGUGAACGUAUGUUAAGAGCGGAUAAUGUUACCUGUAUCACUGUGAUGCUUGAUCAACCUGGUCCACCAUUCAGCGAUUGUAUCGUUCUGAAAAAGAAACAACAUAAUUUUGGUUCUACUUCAUCUUCGACAACGUCUAUUUAUUCUGAUGAUACUAUCGAUAUGGACAAUGGAACAGUUUUUUCUACUCCUCCAAAACAUGCAAAUGAUAAACCUGUUUUACAUCGAACAACAUCUAAACACAAUGAAAAUAUUUUAACACCAAUAUCAAAUGGACAACAAUCAUCAACAACACCAUUAAGAGUACGUAGAAGAGGAAAAAAUAAUUUUUUUUCAAAGUAGACGUUUUGAAUUGAUUCUGAUGCCUGACAGGAUCACAUCGCCAAAUUUAAUUUUCAGAUGUUAAAGAGAAAGCAUUUUAUAGGACAGGUUCUGAUUUGAUUCUACUUUGUCAAGUAAGUUGGUCUUCAGAUACAUUCAGAUAUCAAUGAGAUAUAUUACCUACUAUCUAUUUCAAAAUAUUAAGACCACGACAUAUCCCCUUUUUUCUGCCAAACAAAUAACGUGUACCAUCAAUAAUAGUAGUAGUAUUCUUUUAUCAAUGUCACAUGCUCCUAUCACGCUUUUUACCCGUAUAUAAUGACAUCGGAAAACAAGUAAGCUUGAAUCAAACGUGACCCGAUAAAAAGGAUAUUUACGGGUUAUUUCUCAACAUCAAAGUAUGGUUGCGCAAUCCUCUCUUGCAAACCCAAACGUCACUAAAUUUGAGUAUUUUAUGAAUGUAUCGAAUCAGAAGAUGCUCUUGUGAUAGAAGUGGUUGAAAGUUGACUGAAUAACUCUACCGUCCACUGCUGUUGCUCUUCCGGCAUAUAAUAAAUAUUUUCGAUUCUAUAACCUUGACAAUCAUGUUAAAGAACUUGAAAAAUCGAUUUUAGAAACUGUUAGUACUGUAAUACCUCAUUAAAUAAUAUGAGUUAGAAGUGGAGAUCAGCCUUGGUUUUCGGAUAAGUUGCGUACACUUUUACAGAAAAGAAAUCGAGCAUAUUGUAAAUGCGUUAAAAUUAAAUCGACUGGCAGUCAUCAUAACCAUUUUUUGUUAGUCGCAGAAUUUGAACAAUUGAGUAAAGAAUCUAAACCAGAUUAUAUUGAGCGCAUCAACAAUACUCAAUUAAACGAAAACAACGGUGGAGUUAGCUUCUCGUUAGGGAGAAAAAGUUCAGUUCCACCUAUAAAAAACUUAACAGGAAAUUGGUUAAAUGAAGACUGUCAAAAGAUAAUUGCAUUAAAUUCAUACAAAAAUCCGUGCCCAAACCGAUAAUGCAUGCUAAAUCGCUUUCUUCAAUUACUGUGCCUCCUGGUGAAGUAGAUAAUAUGUUGAAGUGUCUUGGUGUAAACAAGGCUAGUUAACUGCUAGAUCACUAAAAGAAUCAGCGCUUAUAACAUCCACUUAUUUAACUCAGAUAAUCAAUCAGUCUUUUAACACGGGAUUUACCCAGAAUCUUUCAAGACAGGAUGUGUAAAUGUGUUGUUUAAGGACUGUGAUGCUUCACAUCCACCCAGCUCCAGACCAAUCACACUUUUGCUAAUUGUAAGCAAAGUGUUUGAGAGGGUAGUGCAUAAAACUUUAUCCCAGUAUUUCCAUAAAAACAACUGUCUUCCAUGCAGUAUACAAAAAAAACUUGUCUUCCAUGCAGUCCGGAUUUAAAAGAGUUGAUUCAACUGUAAAUCAACUGAUAGAUCUCGUUGAUACUAUUCAUCUAGUUAAUAAUCAAAUUUAGUCACUCGUGCUGCUUUUUUUGACUUCUCCGAAGCUUUCGAUCGUGUGUGGAUUAGGGCACUGCUGUAUAAGUUUGAGUGUAGGCCUGCAAAAGUUCAGCGUUCUCUUUGAACGUAACGCUAAAGCACGUUGGCGUUCCUUGAACGUGAACGCUAAACAUGACGCUUUUUGAAGGUGAACGCGAAUGUUCUGGUGAACGUUAACCUUAUUUUAUAUGAACGGUGUUGAUCUUGUGUGGAAUGAAUAGUAUUACAAAACGUUAUAUACCAAUUUCACCUAGUAGUAUACCAAGUGAAACAGGUUUCUCCAUUACCAGCUAUAUUUAGUGAAAAAUGAACGCUCGUUUGUCCCAAAUGGGUUACGAUAAUAAAGGAAAACGUAUGUAGUUACUGUAAUAGUUUUGAUCAAGAAACUUCGGUUCCAGUGCUGGAAAAACUAGUCUUUUGGUCAGGAAAUCCAUGAUCUGUUCUUGGAAGAAUCAAUGUCUUGACCAGAGAAUUAAGGGGUAUCCUUUUUACACUGUAAUAAUCUGAUCACUGCCCUGAGCAGACCAUCUGAUCCUUCACUAGAGUUUCUAUUGAUUAGAUAAGAUCAAGCACAAAUAUAUAUGUUCUUACUACAGUACAAGAACAGAAGUUUAUAUUUACUUCAGAAGAUAGAAACACCGUUCGUAUAAAAAAAGCUCAUGUCCGCCAGUGCUUUAACAUUCAAACGUAUUUAGCGUUCAUGUUUAAGGAACGCGAACGUGCUUUGUGGCUCACGUUCAAGGAACGAAACGUGAACUUUUGUAGACAUAGUCGAAUGUAAGGGAGUUAAGGGUUCGUUGCUAUAGUGGUUUCAUAGUUACUUAACCGAUAGGAAGAUCAUAACUGUGAUUAAUGGGAAAGAGUCUAGUGCGCUGCCGAUAAGUCGAGGUGUACCGUAAGGCUCCGUGUUAUGCCUCUUACUUUUCGUAGCGUAUAUUGAUGAUAUUGACUCAGUUUAACGUCGAUCGCGAGGCUUUUUGUUGAUGAUACAGUGGUACAUCAUUCUCAAAGAACGUGGAUGUACUUACAGGUGUAUUAAAUGAAGAUCUAAAAAAUGUCUACGAAUGGACUGUUGCUUUGGAGAUAGAUGCCUUUGAACGAAAAUAAAUGCGAAAGUAAGAUUCUUAAUCAGAAACGAAACACAUUUACGCCCAAUCUUCUUAUUGGUUUAAGCUUUAAUCUUGAACCAGAACGAAAUCGAGAAUAUAAAUUCCCAUUACAUCAUUCUGAAACUUAAACUAUCAAAACACAAAAUCAAUCCUUGCACGAAGCUAGGAUCGAACACACGAA